AGGAGGAUCAAUGCGUCAGUCGCUCAACGGGCUCCUGAUGAAAAGGAUGAUGAAGAUUCUGUCGCUCGGUGGUAGGGAAAAAAACAUCUUUGUUCACACGUUCAUGCGCCUGUGUUUGUGUGUGCGUGCGGCAUUUUGAUGACAGUCGAACGAAAUGUGGCAGCGUGCGCACGCGUCACAUCUUGUUCUUCCUCUUCACCAUCAUCACCCUCAUCACGUGACACGCACGGCCAAACGUCGGUGCGCGUUCAAGCGGUCGCUGUGCUGCAACGUGACGUCAUCAACAUGUCAGAUCAGGCAGCAUCUUGAGAAGAACUCCAGGUGGGUCGGGCGGAGGACCAUGGGAGACGGGGGCGACCCCCUGCAGAUCGAGGGCAAUGCCCUCCUCAAAGCAGUCUUCCAGGGGAGGCUGAGGCUGAGCCGUCUGCUAUUGGAGGGCGGCGCGUACAUCAAUGAGGGCAACGAGCUGGGCCAAACUCCGGUGUCGGCCGCCUGCCUGGCGGACUACGAGGACCCUCGGACCCGCCUCCGGAUGGUGCGCUACUUGCUGGAGAAGGGCGCCGACCCCAACAUCCCGGACAAGAGCGGCAGGACGGCCCUGAUGCAUGCCUGCGCCAAGCGGGCCGGGAAGGAGGCAGUCUCCCUCCUGCUAGAGAACGGAGCCGACCCCAGCCUCAAGGACUACUCUGGAUGCUCCGCCCUCAUGCAUGCCCUCAAUAAGGGUGACCGGGACACCCUGCAGGUCCUGCUGGAUGCCUGCAGGGCCAAAGGCAAGGAGGUUAUCAUCAUCACCACCGACACAUCUCCGUCUGGUACCAAAAAGACAAAGCAGUACCUGAACUCUCCUCCGUCUCCGGGCGUAGAGGACAAGGCGUCGCCCCCAGCCACACCCGUCGCCGCCUGCAUGUCGCCGUCGGAGGUGGAGAUUGUGACCUCGUCUCUGGCGGACGGCGGCAGAGUCCAUGAAAACGACCGAAUCUUCACCUUCUCGCCGGCCUCCGCGUUGCCUUUGCCCAAUGGUCGGCCUCAGGGAGAAAAGAGAGCGGCGCCGCCUCCUCGCAAGCUGCUCAAGAGGCUUAACUCGGAGCCUUGGGGCCUGGUGGCACCCUUGACCUCGAGUGGGCCUCCUCAGGAAACCGUCAGGGGGCGUCUGGAGGAGGUGGAGGGCGUCUGCCAUCUGAGUAAACGAAUCAAUGGACUGUGCCUCACCGAGUCCGCCAGACCUCUGUUGUCACGGCGACACAGCAUCGAGACCCACGACCCUUGUUCCCCGAAAGUAACGGACCAGUCCUGCUCCGAGGACCACGUGGUCCUCGCCCCCUCCUCCCUGGCGGACAAGGUUCAACACCACCAAAUCCUUCAUUGCAGGAACACGCCGGAGUCCCAGGAGAACGCCGGAACGCAGAUCUCGGCUCAUCCCAAACUAACCCGAACAGAGCACUACGAGGCCGACAACCACGCGGACCCGGAAUCCAUCCCCGGAUCUCCUGACUCUGGGUGGGUGUCCGUGGAGUGGAGGCGGUACAACACAUCCUCCCUUUCCCUGGUCCCCAACUCUUCUCGGGAUUCUCUCGAGAACAUCCCCAACUCUGUGUCUCCCGUGGCAGUGCGCCAACGGAGCCCCGGACUUCUGGAGCGCCGCGGCUCCGGGACCUUACUUCUGGACCACAUAGCCCACACCAGACCUGGUUUCCUGCCGCCGCUCAAUAUCAACCUCCAGAGACCGAUCCCGGAUAUCCGCUCCAACAGCAAGCCCCCCUCGCCGGUCCAUGGCGCCCACAAGAUCCUGGUUCCCGUGGCCCCAGCUUCCCCCAAACGAGGUCCAGACUUUAAGAGCAAAAAGAAGCUGAUGAGGAGGCACUCUAUGCAGACGGAGCAGAUGAAGCAGCUUUCCACGUUCCAGGAAAUUCUGGCUGAGAAGGUCACAGAGUCCAACGGCGACUGAUAUCUUCAUGGAGGGGUGUCACAGGGGCGGCCUGACAAAUGCGUCUCUUUAAAGGGAUGAUGAGGGCUCGCACUUAACUAGAAAAAAACAACAACUCUCAACUACAGUAUAUUUAUCUUUGCCAUGUUUGAUCACAUCUCUUUCAUACUUGUACACAUUGUAGAUAAGUAUAAAGUAUGUAUGUAUAAUGCAGGGGUGCCAAAUAAAUUUUUAGCACGGGCCACAUUGUAGUUAUGGUUUCACACUGAGAGCCGUUAUGACUAUGAAACCAUAUAUUGCAAUUGUCUAAUAAUAGCCUCAUAUUAAAAAUAUAAAACAAAUUGAUGGAUAAGUAGUUUUGAAAUCAGAAGCUUAUUAAAACUGUGUUCAACUAUUCAUUUUAUUUUAAAAGGGGAAGUGGUAAAAAAAUGCAAUUCUCAAAUUAUUUUUAAGCGAAAGGUAGGUGUGAAUGUGAGUGCGAAUGAUUGUUUGUUUCUAUGUGCCCUGCGAUUGGCUGGCGACCAGUUCAGGCUGUACCCCACCUCUCGCCCGAAGAUAGCUAAGAUAGGCUCCAGCAUGCCCGCUACCCUAAUGGGGAUAAGCGGUACAGAAAAUGGAUGGAUUUUAGCAAGAACCAGGAUUUGCUUUCGCGGGCCACAUUAAAUGAAGCGGUGGGCCAGAUUUGGCUCUCAGGCCUUGAGUUGGACAAUUGUGACAUAAGGUUUCAAGACAUUUGCAUCUAUAUACAUUAAAAAUACAGUAUUUGAUAAUGUAUGAUAUUAUCAAUAAGAACAUUGUUUACACGGUUCUCGGGCCAAUCAGAGUGAUGAUGGACGGAGGGAGGUUUAGUGUUUCAUAUUUUGCUGAAACAGGAAGCAAGGAGUGAAAGGGGGUGGGGCUAAAGUGGACAGACUGAUGUCACCCCCUGCUGUGCUGAAAUGUUCUCGUCUUCACUUUUCAGUCCUCCGGACAAAAUUCUUGAUUUGCUCCCAAACUUUUGUUUUUCAUUAAAUGCUUUUGUGGGCAAAUGGAGGAAGUCGCGUGUUGACUGAUUUCGCUAAAAGCAACAACAAAAAAACAUUGUUUCAUACGAGUUUACUUUUGUUGAAAAAUACUUUUCGUCUGCCAGUCUGAUGACUUUUGUUCAAGAUGCACUUUAAUAUUGUCGAUUAACUUUUAAGGGGAGCUAGCACACAUUAACAUGAGCGUGCGUGCAUGUGUUGCCUUUGAAUUACAGCACACACAACUGUCAACGAUGAUCAAUUAAAUUAACACACAUUCCCAUGUUUUGUGUUGCACUAUUUAUUGACAAAUGCUAUUAAAAACAAACAAAUAUGUAUAAAAGACUGUUACUGAUUCAUUAAUAAAUGAA